AUGACGCCUAAAUUCGCAGUCGAGGCAGUUCAUAGAUAUUUAAUGGACAUCAAUAGACGUGCUGAACCUUUUGGAAGAAAAUGCGUUCUGUUUGGUGGUGAUUUCAGACAAACUCUUCCUGUUGUUUUAGGUGCCCAUCGAAUCGAUGUCAUCGCACAAUGUCUGAAAUCCAGUUUUCUAUGGGAUUCCUUCACGAAAUUGAAAUUGUCUCAAAAUAUGAGAGUCCAACGACAACCAGAUAUGGCGGCAGCAGUUUAUGCAGAUCUAGGUGGUAUCUCUUUUUCAUCUUGGUUAUUGAAAUUGGGUGAAGGUUCUCUAUCGAAUGCAAUUCUCAAUCAGCGGGCUGCUCCAAUAGCACCGGAGGAUCUCAUCGAAAUACCCUCCCGAUUCCAUGUUGCUUCUGUAGAUGAUUUAAUAGAUUUUGUUUAUGGAGGUGAUUUUACAGCUAAAGAAAACGGUACUAAGGCGAUUCUUUGUCCAACAAAUGCAGCAGUCGACAUCAUCAACGAAAAAAUCCUUCAACGGAUAGCUGAUACAGAAUCGAGGAGAUAUCUGAGCAAGGACGUAUAUCUAGGACAGGAGGAUGACGAUUUUUUGGCCCCCCUUGAUCUUUUGAAUUCCAUCAAUGCUCCUUCUCUACCCCCUCAUGAAUUAGUUCUAAAACGUGGAGCGAUUGUUAUGUUGCUUCGAAAUUUGGAUGUGGAUGAAGGCGAAUGUAAUGGUUCACGAUUGAGGAUUAUUCGAUUAGGUCAUCAUAUAAUCGAAUGCGAAUUGUUAACAGGUCAUAGGAUAGGCGAGAGGUUGUUCCUGCCGAGAAUAAAGAUGAAGGCCCAAACUCCCAUGUUACCAAAAGAGAUACUGCGUUUUCAAUUUCCUGUCAGGUUAGCUUACAGUAUGACCAUAAAUAAAUCCCAGGGGCAAACUUUAGAUAGGGUUGGUAUUUGUCUCAAACGCCCAUGUUUCACUCAUGGUCAGCUGUAUGUAGCUUUUUCUAGAGUUGGCAGCGUUGAAUGCGUCCGCAUAUUUAUCGAAGAUUCCGGAAAACAGGGCACUUUCAAAUUCCGAGGAAAGAAACGUUUCACUAGAAAUAUUGUGUUCUCGAAAGUUCUUGAUGAACUGACUCCUCACCGGCGGGAAAUAAUUCAUUUGCCGGAUCCCAAUUCUGAUGAAGAAGAUGCAGCCGACAAUGGGGAAAAAUCAGGUUUUGCAGGUCCUUCCUCUUCUAACAUUCCUAAUUCGAAAGAUGAUGUCAUGCAGGUUUCUAAUGGUCUUUAUAAUGAUGAUGAUGGUUGUGAUGAUUUUUGGAAAGGAGCUGUGCCAUUCAGAACGGAGAGUGAACUGGAAUCGAGGGUUUCUGUUUUUGAUCGUCCAGGAACGUCAGGCUUGAAUUUACUACAACAAUCAAUAUCACGGACAAGAGGCUAUUCUACCGAUUCUGACUGA